AGUGAGCGACAGAAAGGGAAAAGCUAAUGCUUCAAACAGCAGCGAUCACACACUGAGCAUCUCCUCCAGAUAGUGCACCAGGCUGGCGAGCUCACUUCACUGUAAAUCCCGUUUAGGAAGCGCACUUCGGCUGUGUGUGCGGGACUCGGAGAGGCUGACGCGGUUCUAGGAGCUCCUGCCGUCAUUUGACUGUUAGGACGAAGCACCAGUCAGCUACUCGGCCGGACCAGAGUCUAAGAUGCCCUAGGCGGGGAGAAGAGAAAUGUAAAUGGCUUCCAAAGUAAAAGAUGCUGUGGUGUGGUACCAGAAAAAGAUUGGCGCCUACGACCAACAGAUAUGGGAGAAAUCUGUGGAGCAGAGAGAAAUAAAGGGCUUGAGGAACAAGCCAAAGAAGACCGGUCAUGUAAAACCAGAUCUCAUAGAUGUGGACUUGGUUAGAGGUUCGGCGUUUGCCAAAGCCAAACCUGAGAGUCCGUGGACGUCACUCACCCGGAAGGGCAUUGUCAGAGUCGUCUUCUUCCCGUUCUUUUACCGAUGGUGGAUCCAGGUCACCUCCAGAGCCAUUUUCCUCUUACUGCUGGCUCUUUACCUGCUGCAAGUGGCAGCAGCAGUCCUGUAUGUGACCAUCCCUCAGCCUCAUGGGAUACCAGCCACCGAGGUGUUCGGGGCCAUCUGGCUCAUGCUGCUGCUGGGAACCGUCCACUGUCAGAUCGUCUCCACCAGAACCCCGAAACCUGCCUCGAGCAGCGGGGGGAAGAGACGCAGGAAGUUGAGGAAGGCAUCUCAGAUGGAGGUGCAUAGGGAAGGCGACGGGUCUAGCACUACCGAUAACACACAGGAGGGGGCGCCACACUCCCACUCAACCAGCACCACAUACAGCCUGGGCGCUUUCUUCCAAGAUUUCUGGCAUGAUAUCUGUAAAGCUGGAUCUAAGAAGUCCAAGCUCUCCAUUGACAAAUCCACAGAGACGGACAACGGCUACGUGUCGCUGGACGGCCGGGUGACCAACCGCAGCAGUGAGGAGGGUCUUCAGCUCCACGAGCAGCGAUGUGAUUUGUUGAACAGAGCUGACGAGGUUUGCUGGAACUCCCACAUCCAGCCUGCACACGCUCACACAGGACGCAGCUCAGGACUGAUGCUGGCCAACGGCAGUAAGGAUCCUGCGUCUGACGAGGCGUCCAGUGAGGAGGACCCUGAAGCUUCCUACAGCGCCCUCCGCAGGGGAGUGGAGAGGAUGAACAGUGACUGUACGCUCAGAAACCGCAAGAGUUCCCACCACUACAAGAAACACUACGCUGUGGAGGACGUCCCCAAGUCCGGCACCAGCUGUAGCUCCAGAUGUUCCAGUCUGAGGACUCAAGACUCGGAGAGCACUCGACACGAGUCAGAGACCGAGGACCUGAUGUGGGAAGAUUUCCUGCACUGUGCAGAGUGCAGAUCAUCCUGCACCUCAGAAACAGAGGGAGAGGGAGGAGGAACACCCGUCUGUCCUCCUGCUAAAAAGGAGUACAGAGACGACCCUUUCCAUCAGGGUCACAUUCCCUGGCUGCACAGCUCCAACCCCGGCCUGGAGAGAGUGAGCGCCAUCGUGUGGGAGGGAAACGAGUGUAAGAAGGCAGACAUGUCGGUGCUGGAGAUCAGCGGCAUGAUCAUGAACAGAGUGAACCUUUACACUCCUGGUAUUGGUUACCAGGUGUUUGGGAACCUGGUUUCAGUCACACUCGGACUCACACCCUUUGCUUACAGACUGGCUCAGUACCGUGACUUGGAUCAGCUGACGACGCUCUCAGCCAAUGAGCUGCUGUCUGUGGCGUUGGGCGGCGGCUGUGGGUCGGACGCCUUGGUGAUCACCAUGGUAACGCUCAGCUUCCUGGUGCGCGUUUGCCUUAUCUGGCUCUUCUUCUUCCUGCUCAGCGUGGCAGAGAGAACCUACAAACAGAGGCUCCUGUUUGCCAAGCUGUUUGGUCACCUGACUUCAGCCCGCAGAGCCAGGAAGUCUGAAGUCCCACAUUUUAGGCUGAAGAAAGUUCAGAACAUCAAGAUGUGGCUGUCGCUACGCUCCUACCUCAAGAGACGGGGUCCUCAGCGUUCAGUGGAUGUCAUUGUGUCGUCUGCCUUCCUGCUCACUUUGUCUGUGGUCUUCAUCUGCUGUGCCCAGCUGCUGCAUGUCCAUGAAACGUUCCUGGAGUGCCACUAUAACUGGGAGCUGGUGAUCUGGUGCUCCAGUCUGUCGCUGUUCCUGCUCAGGUUCGUCACUUUGGGCUCAGAGACCAGCAAGAAGUACAGCAACACCUCCAUCCUGCUCACUGAACAGAUCAACCUGUAUCUGAAGAUGGAGAAGAAGCCAAACAAGAAAGAGGAGCUGACACUGGUCAACAACGUCUUAAAACUGGCUACCAAACUACUCAAGGAGCUGGAUACUCCGUUCAGGUUGUACGGUUUGACGAUGAACCCUCUGCUCUACAACAUCACCCAGGUGGUCAUCCUGUCUGCCGUGUCAGGAGUCAUAUCUGACCUGUUAGGGUUUAACCUGAAGCUGUGGAAGAUCAAAUCGUGACGGUGUAGUGAGAAACGGCGUGGACUCUUGACUGACUGACUCACUGAACGCUCGUCGUCUGACUGUUGGACUCACUGAAAGACUGAAUGUCAGUCUCAACAUAUCAGAGUGCUUUGACCUUCAACGUUCCCACUUUGUGCAAUUCACAAACUAUUUAUUUACCCACUCAGUGUUUUUAACUUAGGGUUUAUUUGAAUUCUAGUUUGUUUCAUUUUUUGUGGUCUGUGACACGAGACUAUAUUUUACCUGUCUACAAAAGUAUUAUUAUGAGCAUAAAUUAUUUUUAAAGUCAUGGUUUAGGUUCUCAGCUGCGUUCACAAAUUUGAAGGCGAAGUAUUGAGAUGCUGAUGAGGCAGAAAUCCUUUUGUUGUAAUAUUUGUGUUUUAUUUGCUUAAACUGAAAGUUUUUAUUUAUAAGUCGAGUGAGUUUCAAGACUUUAAAAACCUGUUUUCAAAUACGUAUAUUAGUCCGGUGGUUUUAUUCCAACAAUCAAAGUGGUUGAAACUUGUCAGAAUCAGUUUCUAGUCUUAUUCUAACCUAAUGCUUUAGUUGUAAUACAUUAAAUGAAUUCUUAGGAGAUGCAGUAAAUGCUUUAAACCACAGCAUAUUGUGGUCACACUGCAGUUUUAAGGACACUUUCCGCUAAAAGUAAACAUCCGUUUGGUAUUUGGCAAAUAAGAAUGAGAGAUUAUUUACAAUCUUAGUUUUAAAAAAUCUUCACGACUAAUUUCUAUUUAUACCAGCUCCCAGAUGUGAACACUUCAAAUGUUACAUAUCUGUUAACGGACGUUAACGGUUCUGUUCUGCAGGUAAAUGUUCUGACUUACCUGAGAAUAUUUGUGCUUUAUUUUGUUCUCACUGGGCAGCGGUACACGUCAGACGCCAUCAGCACUGCAAAGAAACAAUCACCCUGUUAAAGGAAUAACAACAGUGACACUUCAGCCCAGACAGAAUAAACACAGAUGUAAAAAAUAAGGUUUGCAGAAGGGUUCUUUGCUGCAGUCAGCGUCGUUUUUUUAUUUGUUUUUACUUCAUUUCAUCACCUCGUCAGCGGUGUCGACAGUAUUUCCAGCAAUACAAGUGUAGAUGGUUCCGUUUAAAUUUCAUAUUACAUCCAUUACUACCUUUGUUUGCUGCAGACUUCUGACAUUAAAAUGUUCUAUUUUGCUUUCAGCUCAGUUUCCCCUUUUUGAUUUAAAGCUUCUCUGUACAUUUGCAGAUUUUUUUGUUGUUUAAUUCUCCUGUUCUUAAAUGCGAACUAGCUUCACGUGUUACCUCUCACUGUAGAGAUGCUACAUCCUGCUUAUCAUAUGAAGACAGUUUUAGCUCCUCACAUGUUAGCUCCAUCAGUUCAGCCAGUUUAGAAACCCAUUGGAUCUCAUACAAAAUAUCAAACUUCCAGAGCUACUUAAGAUGGUAGAUUUGUGUGCAUGACAUUUCAGUGAAGUCCUUUAUUCCCCGUCUGUCACAGGUUUCUGUACACUGCAGUAAAAACAUGUCUGUCCUUGGAUGAAGAUAUGCACUUUAAAAACAGACUUUAAAUGGAAGAAAAGAAGUUACAUCUUGUUUCAAUGUUGGGAUUUUUCUUUGUACCUCACUUGUGUGAGAAGGUUGUGUGUGUGUGUUUGGCGUUACAGCAGAUGCUAGCUCAGAACUUACAAAUUGUAUUAGAAAUUCACAUAAUUCUGUGAAGCAAAUCCUACACGGUACGUGAAGUUUUGAUGCCCACAGAAAAUAUCUUACAAUGCGAGUAAAAUGCUGACGGAAAUGUUCCUGAGGUAGCAUUCUGCUCACUCUCAUAAAUGCUGGCAUAAUCAUCUUCAGUGCAUUUGAGGAGGAAGACCAAAGUGCUUAUUUAACUGUUUUUGUCUCUGCUGGGAAAAGAAUGUAUUUGUAGCAUUUAUGCUUUAAAAUCCUACUUGUUUCCCUUUGGAAAUACCUGGUUUGUAUUUUUGUUUUCUUUUUGUCGUUCAUUUGUAAAGGCUGUUUGUUCCUCACGCUCAUUAGAAAGAAGAGGCACGUUUUACUGCGUUUUUAAAGGAACAAAAAUGUUUGAAUUGUACGUAUGAAAGUGAAUCUAGGUAAAGGACUCCAUGUUGUGAUGCUGUUUUCAAAGAGUCCAACUAUUUAGAUUUAGGUUUUUUUGUGAACUGGUCUGUCCACAAGGUCUACGGUUUUAUAUGAAAAAUAAAACAAAUGGAUGUUGAA